AGCAUUCACCAACAGGGUUCCAGCGCCAGUCCCCAGGAGAAGGUGUCCUUUUUCUCUUGGAUUUUAGAAACAGGAGAGCCGAGUGGGGGGCAGGGAGAGCUUGUAGGUUUGGUGAGCUCAAAUUCUAAAAAGAAACGAAUGCCUCUGCAGCUGCUGAUGCUGUCAAGAAAGAAAAAAGAAAGAAAGAAAACGUGUUGUGUGUAUACAGAUUGCUGAUGUUUCUCCCAUAGUGUCUUGUAGGAAGUUUCCAUGCUUCCUGCAGUUUAAUAUGUAGAAGGCAACUGGCGACAACGCAAGGUAGAACACUAGCAAUGGUCUAGGCUUCUUUAGUGAGACAUGUUGAGAAUUUUCAGAUCGACCAGUGCUUUGGAAGGAAUGGGUGUCUGAGGAGCCAGCCAGUUGUUCUCUUAAGGAAAAUCUCUCAAGGUUGACGUCUCCAGAGCUUUGGGGUAGAUUCUUGAAGAUCCGAGGUUUUGGAACUCUAGGAAACCAAAAUGCAUGCACUUCAGCAUGAUGAAGACAUCUGGGCAGAGAACCGAUUCCGGCAGGAACUCUGAAGAGCCACCACGAUGCAGCCGUGAAUGAUGAGUAGCACCUACUGUGGCAAUUCUUCAGCAAAGAUGAGUGUCCACGAAGUCUCUGAAUCCUCCCUGUCUCUGGAGCAAAAGACCGGCUUUGCCUUUGUGGGCAUCUUGUGCAUUUUCUUGGGACUUCUCAUUAUCAGAUGCUUCAAGAUUCUGUUAGACCCAUAUAGUAGCAUGCCCUCUUCUACAUGGGAAGAUGAAGUUGAAGAGUUUGAUAAGGGGACCUUUGAGUAUGCACUUGCCUGAUAGUGGCUCUGAUUCAUGGUAUUCCCAGUUCCAUUGAGACAUGUGAUAAACACAUCUGUAAUUAGCUUGCCUGUGCUGUUGGAGAGAAAAUCAUUCCAUUCAUGACAUUCAAUAAACAUCUAUGAUUGGUUUAUCCACCA